UCCACAAUAAAUUGUUCAAAGAAUAUGAUUUUUUUUAAAACUAAAAAUCUUUAGUGAACUGAUGUAUGUCUCUCGGCGGCAAAAUUGAUCGUCUCUUAACAGACUUAACUGACAAAUGUCGAAUGCUGCUGCAGCAUUAUUAUUAUGCAAACACAACAAUCUAACCACUUUACUCCAACACUGCAAAUCAAUAUCCCACUUCAAAAAACUGCAUGCCAUCAUCAUCACAUUUGGCAUUCCUAUUUCAUCCCAAGAAACCACUUUCAUUUCAAAUUUUCUCUCAUUUGCCGCCACUUUCUCACCCAACAUUCAUUACCCAUACACCAUUUUCCUUCGCCUCCAGAACCCAUCAAUCUUUAACUACAACACCAUCAUUCGAGCUUUCUCCAAUGCCCAAAACCCCAACAAAUCUAUAUCCAUUUUCAACGACAUGUUACGAAAAGGCCUAACUCCUGACCAUUUAACUUACCCGUUUGUAACGAAAGCCGCGUCUCGUUUGCAGGAGGUACGCCUUGGGUUAUCGAUACAUGGGCGUGUUAUGAAAGAUGGGUUUGAGGCUGAUAGGUUUGUUAAGAAUUCUUUGAUACAUUUUGCGGGUUCUUUUAAAUACGUUGGGUAUGCGCGUAAGGUGUUUGAUGAAAUGACUAAUAAGAACUUGAUUUCGUGGAACUCGAUGUUGGGUUGUUAUGUUAAGUGCAGGGAAGUGGUUUUGGCAAGGGAAGUGUUUGAUUCGAUGGCUGAACGCAAUGUAGUGUCGUGGAGUUCUAUGAUUGAUGGGUAUGUUAAGUGUGGGGAGUAUAGUGAGGCGUUGGAUGUUUUUGGUAAGAUGAAAAGAUCGGGUGUUGAUGCGAAUGAGGUGACUAUGGUUAGUGUGUUGGGUGCUUGUGCUCAUUUAGGUGCCCUUGAGCAAGGGGUUAAGAUGCAUAGUUAUAUAGUCGAGAAAAAAAUAAGUUUGACGUUAGUGUUGAGAACAUCGCUCGUAGAUAUGUAUGCUAAAUGUGGAGCGAUAAAGGAAGCGCUGACUGUGUUUUGUGAAGCUUCUAUGAAGCAUACUGAUGUUUUGAUCUGGAAUGCGAUGAUUGGGGGGCUUGCGACACAUGGGCUUGUUCAAGAAUCACUUGAUCUGUUUAAAGAGAUGCAGAAUGUUGGGAUUGCCCCUGAUGAGAUUACAUACUUAUGCAUACUCAGCGCUUGUGCUCAUGGUGGUUUAGUAAAUGAAGCUUGGUACUAUUUCAAGUGUCUUACUGAAAUUGGAUUGAACCUGAAAACUGAACAUUAUGCCUGUAUGAUGGAUGCAUUGGCACGAGCAGGACAACUUAUGGAAGCAUACACAUUCUUGACUCAAAUGCCUAUGGAACCGACGCCUUCAAUGUUAGGGGCGUUGUUCAAUGGCUGCAUAAACCAUAGGAAUUUUGAUCUUGCAGAAGUGGUUGGAAAAAAGCUUGUUGAACUGCAACCCGACCAUGAUGGGAGAUACGUUGGUUUAUCGAAUGUUUAUGCAGUGAUUAAACGGUGGGAUGAAGCUAGAAUGAUGAGAGAAACCAUGGAGAAGAGAGGGGUGAAGAAAUUGCCUGGGUGGAGCUUGGUGGAGAUUUUUGGAUCACCUCACAGGUUCAUAGCUCAUGAUAAGACCCAUCCUCAAUAUGAACAUAUAAAUGACAUGUUGAAUUUUGUACUUAAGGAAUUUACUGACCCAGAUUUUGAAAUGUCACAACAUGAUUACAGUUUUGGCACCGUAGAUAUAUAAUUUGCAUAUCUUUGAGUAUUAUAGACUUUAUGUAUGAUAUAUACUUUUAAGUGCAUGUAUAUCAAUGGUAAUUUUUUAGGUUGGAUGUUCUGCACACAUAGUUAA